CUCACGUGCACCUGAGCCCCGCGCUCUCCGCAGCCCCGGGAUCUAACUUACCCCAAAGUGGUGCGUUUGCAUUGAGGCGAGGACUCCUGCGAGUUCCCAGCUUUUUCUUUUUAGGUUUUCCUGGCACAGUUGACACCACGUUUCUGUCAUGGAAUCCCUGACAUUUGAUGAUGUGGCCGUGGUCUUCACCUGGGAGGAGUGGCAGCUCCUGAGCCCUGCUCAGAAGGACCUGUAUCAGGAUGUGAUGUUGGAGAACUACAGCAGCCUUGUGUCAAUGGGGUAUGUAUCCAGCAAACCAGAUGCCCUCUCCAAAUUGGAACGAGGGGAAGAACCAUGGACAACAGCAGGUAAAAUCUACAGUCGAUUCUGUUCAGAAAUCAGAAAAGUUGAUGACCCUCUGCAACAUCACUUGAAAAAUCAAAGCAUUCAGAAGAAUCUGGAGCAAGGCCAUGAACAUAAAGCAUUCAGAAAUAUUGUUAAUCAGAGCAAAGUUCAUUUUCCACUAAAGAAAAAUUGUGAAAAACCUUUAAAAUCAAAUUUAAGUUUAAAAAGCCAGAAUAGAAGCUGUGACCUAAAGAAAUUUACUGAGAUUAAUGGAGAUGGGAAAUCUAUAUACAUCCAUGCAAACCAUGAAUGGUUUUAUACUGAAAUUAAAUUUCCUUUAAGUGCAAAACCUACCAAUAUGGCCCUGGUCAUUAAACAACAGAGAACUCAUAGCAUAGAGAAAAUACAUGAAUGCAGUGAGUGUGGGAAGGUGUUUGUCAGGGUGUCUCAGUUCACCAAUCAUCAGAGAGUUCAUACAGGAGAGAAACCUUAUAGGUGUAAAUGUGGGAAAGCCUUCUCCAGAAAGUCCCAGCUAACAGAACAUCAGAGAAAUCAUACAGGGAUGAAACAAUAUGAAUGCACCAAAUGUGACAUGUCCUUCCUCAAAAAAUUACAGUUCAGUGUGCAUCAGGAAACACAUAUGGGAGAGAAACCUUAUAAGUGUAGUGAAUGUGGGAAAGCCUUCAUUAAAAAGUGUCGACUCAUUUAUCAUCAGCGUACUCAUACAGGAGAGAAACCCCAUGGAUGCAGCAUAUGUGGGAAAUCCUUCUCUACAAAGUUCAGUCUCACUACACAUCAGAAAACUCAUACAAGAGAGAAACCUUAUAUAUGUAGUGAAUGUGGAAAAGGAUUCAUUGAGAAGAGGCAUCUUAUUGCACAUAGUCGGACUCAUACUGGAGAGAAACCCUUCAUAUGCAAUAAAUGUGGGAAAGGCUUCACCUUGAAGAACAGUCUUAUCACACAUCAGCUAACUCAUUCAGAAGAGAAGUUGUAUGCAUGCAGUGAAUGUGGAAAAGCCUUUUCCAUGAAGCACUGUCUCAUCAUACAUCAGCGAACACACACAGGAGAGAAACCAUAUACAUGCAAUGAGUGUGGAAAAGGCUUCACCUUGAAGAGUCCUCUCAUCAGGCAUCAGCGGACACAUACAGGAGAGAAACCCUAUGUAUGCACUGAAUGUCUAAAAGGCUUCACCAUGAAGAGUGACCUAAUUGUACAUCAGCGAACUCACACUGCAGAGAAGCCAUAUAUGUGCAAUGACUGUGGGAAAGGCUUCACUGUGAAGAGCCGCCUGAUUGUCCAUCAGCGAACUCACACAGGAGAGAAACCUUAUGUGUGCAAUGAAUGUGGAAAAGGUUUCCCUGCAAAGAUCCGGUUGAUAGGACAUCAGCGAACUCACACAGGAGAGAAGCCUUAUAAAUGCAGUGAAUGUGGAAAGGGCUUUACUGAAAAGAGUCACCUCAAUGUACAUCGGCGCACUCAUACAGGAGAGAAACCCUACAUAUGCAGUGCAUGUGGCAAAGGCUUAACUGGGAAAAGCAUGCUUAUUGCCCAUCAGCGUAUUCACACUGGUGAGAAACCAUACAUAUGCAAUGAGUGUGGGAAGGGCUUCACCAUGAAGAGUACUCUAGGCAUACAUCAGCAAACUCACACUGGAGAGAAGCCUUACAAAUGCAAUGAGUGUGGUAAAGCCUUCAGGAAGAAGACAUGCCUUGUCCAGCAUCAGAGAUUUCACUCAGGAAACACUUCCUUUGCAUGUACUGAAUGUGGAAAAUUCUCUUUGCGCAAAAAUGACCUCAUUACCCAUCAGAGAAUUCACACAGGAGAGAAACCCUAUCAGUGCGGUGAAUGUGGGAAAGCCUUCACUACAAAGUCAGGGCUUAAUGUUCAUCAAAGAAAACAUACAGGAGAGAGGCCCUAUGGAUGUAGUGAUUGUGGGAAAGCUUUUGCCCACUUGUCAAUCCUUGUUAAACACAAGAGAAUUCACAGGUAGUUAUUCUGCUAGUUGUAGGCCCUUGAGAUAAUAUAAUAAAUACAAAGAAUAAUAACUUUGUUGUAGAGUAUAUGGUGGUAUACUUAGGAUCAAUUACCUCAUUCAUCUUCCAUAUUAUAUGAAACAACUAUAUACAAUCAGUCUUCAUAAAAGCAUUUCAGGACAUUAUAUGAUGGCUAAAAAGUGUGUACUCAGAAAAAUCCCACAAAUGUGACAGACUACAGAAACCUUCAGUUGAGAGAGAGACUUCAUCUCCCUAGGUUCAUUCCCCAAUGCUGAAAAUUAUCAAAAAAUUAUCAUAGGUUAUGGAUGAAAUAUCAGCUGAUAGAAAUAUGAUAAACACGGGAAAGCCUUUGCCCAGAAAUUAAGACCUUAAUAGAUUGAGAGUGUUGACACUAGCGAAAUGCUUUUCUAUGGCAGGAUUUGUAGUAUUUUAUUGCAUCACUUGUGAAGAAAUCAAUAUGAAUAUAUUUGAAUGUAUAGAACCGUUUGUGAAGUAGUAAGAGAUGAUAAUGAGGGAAAGAAGCCCUAGCAAAAUGAUGAAAGAAGUCUUUUUGUUACAAGUCUGUCAUUACAUGAUAAGCUCUUCCAUUUCUUUGAUUCUGAGUUUAGAAUACUUGAAAUGGAAUAUAUUAAUAAAGUUUUAUAAGUAGUAUUAAGCAGUGUAUGAAGUCAAUAUAAAGUCAGGCAUGGUGGUGCACACUUGUAAUCCCAGUGAUUUGGGAGACUGAGGCAGGAGGAUUACAAGUUUGAGACCAACCUCAGCAAUACACUUAGACCCUGUCUCAGAAAAAAAAAAAAAAAAAAAAAAAAGGAUUGCAGAUGUUUCCCAGUGCCCCUGGGUUCAAUUCCAAGUACAAAAAAAGAAUAAAACCAAAACUUUUAUAAGUUUUAUUCAGAAAUAAUAAAUUUAGAUUCACAGAAAUCUUACCCAAAUAAAGAGUUUCUAAAGGCCCUUAACCAGCUUCUCCCAAAGAUAACAUCUUAUAUAACCACUGUUCAUUAUCAAUUACAGGAAAUUAUUGCCAUACUGUUGACUAAUAGAAUUUAUUUGAUCACCAGUUUUAAUGUUUAGUUUUUAAGUUUAGGGACAUUUUAUGAUAUGUAACAACAACAAUCAAGAACAUAAAGUCACAUCAACAAAUUCCUACAUGCAUUUUUAUUGUUGCAUACUUUCCCAACUUUUUAAAUUUUGGGGUGUGG